GCCAAUAGCAAACUCAUAUCAUCAUGUCUGACAUCGACGCUGCUGAGGAAAUCGACCAGCCCAUCGAGGUCGAGGAGGCAGUCACGGAUCUUAACUCUGCCAUCCGUCGUGUUCUCAAGAACGCCAUCGCCGUUGAUGGUCUCGUCAGGGGCCUCCACGAGACCGCCAAGGCCUUGGAAGCAGGUCGCGCUAAUGUGUGCUUCCUUGCUUCUUCCUGUAACGAGGAUAACUACAAGAAGCUCAUUCAGGCCCUCUGCCUUGAGCAGAACGUCCCUCUGAUCGAGGUUCCAGACAACAAGCAGCUGGGCGAGUGGGCCGGUCUAUGCAAGAUCGAUAAGGAUGGCAACCCUCGCAAGGUUGUUGGUGCCUCUGUUGUCGCCGUCACCAACUAUGGUGAUGAGGAUAACGAGGGACUUAGGUUCCUUAACAACCACAUUGCUUCCCAGUAAUGUUGCUGCCUAGCAAUAAUGGCUAUGAAGGCGCUCCACGACGGCAGUUUCUAAUUGUCCUAGUCGUAUUACGACGUUGAGUCAGAUAUUGAUGUGGCA